AUGGAUGAGGACACUGCGGUGCUUCAAAAGCCGCCUGCGCUGCCUUCAGAUAUAGUGCAUACGUCUGGCCUAGAUUCUGGACCCCCGCCCGAUGCAAGUCGACGCAGCCACAGCCCGCUCGUCCAAGACAAUCGAUCGACACCAGUCUCGACACAAGACGCUGCUAUGUCUCCCACAUCACGGCAGAACGCUGUCUCACCCGACACAAGUCCUGCAGAUGAAGGCUCGAUGUUCGAACAUGGAGAUUCCGACGGCCGGAAAGGUAUCAGCAUCCCGAAACAGCCAGAUACUCCGGACUCCACUCAACAGAUAUCCCCAGAGGAUGCUCCGGCAUUAGAUAUGGAGGCAGUAGCGGAGACAAUGUCCAAAGUCGAGGGUAAAGCACAUUCACAAGCUACUAUUGCGCCUACGCAGUCCGACGGGGCAGUCGAACGGUUAUCCCGAAAAUCUACAAUUCACCUCGAUACAAACAGUGGCUUCAAACCUACCCUCUCCACGGGCAUGGUAGAGUCGCCGGCGCCAAUGACCACCGUCACCGCCACUCCUCGACGACCACAACCAUCAACGCCAUCCGCCGAAGAUUCCUCACGACGGGCAACUCGCAUCUCAUCUGGUGUGCUGCAGAAGAAGUCCGUCUCCGAGAUCCUGAACGAGGCUCAGCGGUCUGCGUCAGCCGAGUCUCCGAUGUCUGACUCGCGUGAUUCUGUUGGAGUGGCAGAGCGACGAGACAAGGAACGGAGCAAGUUGUCAACAGUCGUAUUUGCCAAGCCACAGAAGACCGCCGAUGGCGACAACGGUGAACUGGUGCAGGUGGAUUCGAGUUCUCCACGGCACGGGUCGCCAAAUCACCGGGACUAUCUAUACACACUGUUCGAAAACAAGGCUCAUUCGAUGACUCGAAAUGGUUCGAUGAACUACCUCAUCCAGAAUGCUCACAAAUGUCUGUCUACCGCAGAUCAUCUUGUAGAAUAUCAGAUGCAGACGGACUGCCGGAUUCUGAAGAGAAUAUACCAGCUUCAGGAAAGAGGAAGGUGGGCAUUAAGGCAGCACAAACGAGCGGAGGAAGCCCCACGACCAACUUCGCAUUGGGACGUCUUACUCGAUCACGCGAAGUGGAUGCGUACCGACUUCAGAGAGGAGCGCAAGUGGAAACUUGCAGCGGCCCGUGGACUCGCCGAAGAGUGUGUGGAAUGGAUUCACAGCUCACCAGAAACCCGCAAACAUCUUCAAGUCAAAGUUCGGCCACCGACCAUACUACCAGAAGGCACCAUAGGCCCGACAAAAGAAGACGACCGUGAUUCGACAAUGGACGAUGGGCCAGGUCCGGCGCUGUCAUCGCAGCCAACACCAGAGCUUAUUCCUUCGAACGAGGAUGACUCGAUGAGCGAUGACAUUCCAGAUCCUCGACACAUCAUUACCUCGAUCUCACCUGCAGCAAUAUUCUCACUUGGCGCGUCCGAAUACACAUUUACAGUGGAUAGGACUCCUGCAUUCGACAAAUUGCUGAACGAGCUCCCCCUGUACGAACCAGCUCCUAUCGUACCGGAUUACUCGAAAUCUGAUUUAGCGGAACGCCUCGAUGCACGGUGGAAAACUGCCAUUGUGCCUGUGUCAAAGUACGCUACUGAGAAACUCCACGUAACAGACGACCAGCCGCGGCGAAAGAAGAGCAGGUACGAGUACGACCUCGAAAUGUCACCUACACGAAAGACCGAUCCGCUACCACCUCGAGAACAGAACGUCGCUUUGUUCAUGUCAGAGAACAAACACAUACGGGAUCGUAUCCACCCUGGCCACUCUUUUCGACCACCCUCUGAACACCCCAUGCCUACACAAGACUUCUUCCAAACUCGUUCCUCAUCCCAAUGGACGACUGCCGAGGAUGACGAGCUCCGGAAACUGGUCAAAGACUACUCGUACAACUGGUCACUCAUCUCAAGCUGUCUCACGCCGAGAAGCCUAUACACAUCCGGUGCUGAUAGGAGGACACCCUGGGAGUGCUUCGAGAGAUGGAUCGGUCUGGAAGGUCUGCCGGCUGAUAUGUCCAAGACACCGUACUUCAAGACCUAUUCCGGCAGAAUUGAGGCGGCAGGUCGACAUGUACUUGCUCAGAUUGAAGAGGCUCAACGUAGAGCUGGAGCUAAUGUCCAAAUUCCUGCUCGCAAGAGAACCACCCAGCCUGUCCGGGUCGAUCGUAAACGAACACAGCGACACUUGGCUAUGCUGGACGCGAUGCGGAAGAACGCGAAGAAAAGAGAAACUGCAUUACAGAAGCAGCAACACCAGUCCGAUCUGGCUGCUAUGCGCAAGAUGAACAACAGCGAGAUCAACCAACCAAAGGCGCCAUUCAAGACACCACGCGAGUUCGCCGCCCUCCGGCAAGAGCGGGAUGCGAAGCGGGCCGAGCAGCAAGAAAUCUACAGACAGCAGCUUCUUGCGCACCAGCGAGCUGCGCAACAGGCACAGCGAGGCCAGAAUGCUACUCCCAACGGUCUACCAAGUGGCAUGCCCAAUGGUAUGAACGGCCUGCGAGUCCCUACUGGUGGCGUUCCAGGUAUGCCCAAUGGAAAUCUGCAAGUGCCGAACGGUGGUCGACCGCACCCUGCUGUAAUGGCAGCAAUGAACGGUAUGCAGAUGCCUCCAGGCAUGAUGGGUCCUAAGAACAUGGCUCAAGCUCAAAUGCAGGCUAAUAUGGCCCGUGGGAUGGGGGCUUCCCCAGAACAGGUACGGAUGAUGCAGCAAGCCGGCAAAGUGCAGCAGCAACAGCAAGAGCUCUUACGUCAAGUUCAGCAGCAGGGUGGCCAGCACUCUUCGCCGAAUGGACCCCACGCCUCUCUCUCCAAUGGAAAUGGAAGUACUCCCUUCAAUAUGGCAAACGCUAACGGCGCACCCUCACCCCACGGCAACGCUUCCUCGCCACGGUCUCAAAAUUCCACUUCUGGACAGCUCUCUUCUGGACAUGUCCCCGUACUUGUCCAAAUCGCCAAUAAAAUCAAACAGCAAUACCCCAACAUGAAUGACGAAGAAGUACAAAAGCACGCCUCCCAACAAAUCCAGAUGUGGCAGCAACAAGCUAGUCAAGGCGGCCCUAAGCGCCCUCAAGCCACGAACCAAGCGGCCCUUAAUGCAGCCGUCGGCGCGAUGAAUUCCGCCGCUCACGCCAAUAACAAUGUGAACGCCGUGAGCGGAGGCAACGCCGGCUUUCCUCAAGGCAUGUCCAUGACGCCAGAGCAGUUGCAGCAGCUUCAGCAAGCACAACGUAUGCGCAUGAUGCAAGCGUCACAACCAGGUGCUGCCGGUAGACAAGCUCAGCAGAGCGCGGCGAUGCAUGGCAUGAACGCUAUGGGCAUGGGUGGCAUGCCGAUGCCCAACGGAGGGCAGGGGCAGGUGUCAACCAACAGCCCGGUGAUGAAUAUGGCAAGGCCAGUCAGCCAGAGUGGCCAAGGGCAGGUGAGCAGGAGCGCCACGCCCAGUGCGCGAAGUGGUAGCAUGUCUGGGCCCGGUCCCCAAGGUGCACUGAGCCCAGGUGGGGGGCAAGCGAGGCCUGGGAGCAGUCGGGCUAUGGUUGGCACGCCGCAAUCGCAAAGUGCACAACCCGCCGCGGCGCCGACACCACAGCCCAACGGGCAGAGCGCUUCUUAG